ACAACCCUACUACACAGCUGAUGCGGCGAUACUUUGGAAUGGCCUUAAAAUACAUUGACAUUGGGGCCAACCUCACGGAUCCCAUGUUCCAGGGCCGCUACGGCGACUCCCAGAAGCACACGGCCGAUCUGGACGUGGUUCUGGCACGCGCCUGGCAGCAGGGCCUGCAGAAAAUCAUCAUAACCGCCGGCUGCCUCAAGGAUGUGGACGAGGCCUUGGAAUUGGCCGGCAAAGACGAGCGGCUGUUUACUACUGUGGGCACACAUCCCACGCGCUGCGGCGAGUUUCUGCCUGACCCAGAGGGCUACUACAACCAGUUGCGCUCGAAGAUAGAGGAGAAUCCCGGCAAGGUGCUGGCCAUCGGUGAGUGUGGCCUGGACUACGACCGGCUGCACUUCUGCGACGCGGAAACACAACGCCUGUACUUCGAAAAGCAGCUGAGCCUGGCGGGCGAGUUCGGACUACCUCUCUUCCUGCACAUGCGCAAUGCUGCGGCAGACUUCAUGUCCAUUUUAGAGAGAAAUCGGGAUAAGCUAAGGCAAUGCGGCGGCGGGGUGGUGCACAGUUUCACGGGAACUCUCGAGGAGGCCCAGAGCAUCCUCGGAUUCGGGGGUCUUUACAUUGGCCUCAAUGGUUGCUCCCUAAAGACGGCGGAAAACGCCGAAGUGGUUCGGCACCUGCCCAAUGAUCGCAUUAUGCUGGAAACAGACUGCCCGUGGUGUGGAAUCCGUCCCUCCCAUGCCGGACACAAGCACGUCGCCACUCGGUUUCCAACCGUUAAGAAAAAAGAAAAAUGGACCGCAGACACUUUGAUAGACGGACGCUGCGAGCCCUGCCAGAUCAGCCAAGUUCUCGAGGCCAUUGCCGGCAUUAAAGAGGAGCCGAAAGAGAAGCUGGCCGAGCUUUACUACCAAAAUACUUUGGACUUGUUUUUUAGCAAAUCAAAGAAAAUAGAAUAAACAAAAUUGCAUUUUUGUACAUC